AUGUACGAGCUUCUUGACAUUAACAUCUACGCCCAACACACAGGCAACGACCCUGAGCUCGAUCCCAACCGAGAGCCGGAACCUCCAGUUCAGGUCGUCGACAAGAGCGCUCCUCGCCGUGGCAAGCGCGACGGUCCAAGCGAGCCUCGCGACACUGUUCCUCCUCCUCGUGGCAACCGUGGACCCAGGCUCCCUGGAAACGAGCAAGCACGACCACAUCCAAACUUACCCGCCCUAUCGACAUUAUCAAUAUCAAUCUAUAGGACGUUGCUUUCUAACAAGGUGAUCUUGGGUAUAUCAGCAUUCCGUGACCGCAACGCCGGAUCUCAGAACAACCGCAAUCGGCCAACUGAUGCCCCCAGUGACCGCGCUCCGCCAGCUGCCCAUAGAAACCGUGAUACCCGCGGUUACAACAUUCGGGAUGACCGCCAAUCUCGCACCGACAGAACUAUUACAGAGAAGCAGGUCGAACAGGGCUGGGGUUCUCGCUCUGGCGAGUCUGCUCUGAAGGAUGAGCGUGCUGGAGAAGAUAUUGCCCGCUCUGAGGAGAAAGAAGCCGCCGAGGCUAAUGCUGAGGAGCCUGUUGAGGAGCCAGAGGACAAGAGCAAAUCAUAUGCUGACUACCUCGCUGAGCAAGCCCAGGCCAAGCUCGAACUCGCCGCAAAAGAAUCCCGCAAGGCCAACGAGGGAGCCAAGAUGGACAAGAAAUGGGCCGCUGCCAAGGAGUUGAAGCGCGAUGACGAGGAGGACGAGUACAUCAAAGGCCAGAGCAAGGAGACCAGGCGCGAGCGUCAACGCAAGGAGAAGAACGUCCUUGAGGUCGACAUGCGCUUCGUGGAGGUCCCGCGACGUGGCGGCGACUCCUCCCGUGGCCGUGGCCGUGGUGGUGACCGUGGCGGCGAUCGCGGUCGUGGCGGUCGUGGCGGUCGUGGUGACUUCCGUGGUGGCCGUGGAAAUGGUCGCGGAGCUCCUCGCGGUGGCCCUUCCCAUGCUACAGGCCCUACCGUCGACGAGAAGAACUUCCCUUCUCUUGGAGGCAAAUAA